UAUCAGUUUUGGAUGAUAAUCUGUCUUCUUUGAUUCACGUGGCCUUUCUAGGCAGGACCGUCACUCAACUCACUUUCUCUGCAGAUAUGGAGAAGAAAAUAGAGGACCUGAAGCAGCAGCUGGAAAAGCAAUGUCUAAUUAACAAAGAUCUGCAGAGACAAAAUAAGGACCUGGAGCAAAGGCUACAGGAAAAAGAAAAACUAUUGCAACAACUGCAGAGUCAAUAUCAUGAUCUUGAGUUUCCUUCCCAGAGCAGCAAUGAGACUGAAACUGAGUUCAGAAAGAGUCGUGCGGCUGUCAUAGCCCCUGAACCAAUACCAGAGACUGGCAGGCUGGAGAUUACACAAAACAGGGUCAAGAAAACCGUCAGCGAGACGAGUCUGAUUGUCAAAGCCAUUCAGAAAAAUGACUUCCUCAGUCGUCUUGAUGAUGAACAAAUAGCUAUGAUGGUGGACCUCUUAAUGGCCUCUACCUUCAAACCUGGGCAGGAAGUCAUUAAAGAAGGCAGCGAAGGAAACAGCAUGUACAUAGUUACAGCUGGUGAGCUCAGUGUCUCCCAGGCAGGCCGGGACCUCCGAACUCUAACUACUGGAGAUGUUUUUGGAGAAUUAGCCAUCCUGUACAACUGCAAACGGACAGCUACAGUCAAAGCAAAGACAUCUGUGCAUCUGUGGUGCAUGGAGCGACAGACCUACAGAACCAUCAUAACCAACAAGUCCAAGAAGAAACGGGAGCAACUCAUGGGCUUCCUGAAGACGUCUCGCACUCUGAAACACCUCAAUGAUAUGCAGUUGUCCAGAAUCAUUGACUCCAUGGAGGAGGUGAAGUACCAGGACAAAGAUGUUAUAGUUCGUGAAGGAACAGAAGGAAAUACUUUCUACAUCAUCCUCAAAGGAGAGGUCUUGGUGACCAAGAAUGUAAAUGGACAUCAGAAGCAGAUUCGCAGUAUGGGAAAAGGGGAGCACUUUGGGGAGCAAGCCCUCAUACGAGAGAUCUUAAGAACUGCCACCUGCAUUGCUGAUGGCCCUGUUACCUGCUUCUCCAUUGACAAGGAGGUCUUUGAAGAGACGAUUCCUGUAGAGCACCUGGAACUAUUUGAUGACUCUAAAGUGAUGCAGGAGGCAAACGUUCCAGAGAAGUCAAGUCCCAGCUCCACUCUGCAGUUUAAGGAUCUUGUUCCUGUUUUAUAUCAGGAGGGUCGCUAUCAAGGUGACCCUGUCACACUCGGAGUUGGAGGAUUUGGCCGUGUACAGCUGGUAACCGCAAUAAAUCAUGGGAAAUAUUAUGCCAUGAAACGAGUCAGCAAGAAGCAAAUUGUUGCCAAGAGACAAGAGGAGCACAUGAUAUUUGAGAAGAAAAUCCUCAAAGCGAUCCAGUGUGACUUCAUCGUCAGACAUUAUGCAGCCUUUAAAGACACACGAUACAUCUACAUGGUGAUGGAGUUCUGUGGAGGUGGUGAAAUCUGGACCAAACUGAAAGAAGUAGGACGUUUUGACGAACCCAUUGCUGUGUUCUGCACUGCCUGCGUGGUGGAGGCCUACGCCUACCUCCACAAGAAGAACAUCAUGUACAGGGAUCUGAAGCCUGAGAACCUUAUGCUGGACAUGAAGGGCUACAUCAAACUGGUUGACUUUGGUUUUGCAAAGGAGUUGGUGCGUGGUGAGAAAACAUACUCAUUUGUUGGCACUCCUGAGUACAUGCCUCCAGAGAUCAUCAAGAAUCAGGGACAUGAUUUUGCAGUUGAUUUUUGGUCCCUUGGCAUCCUCAUCUUUGAACUGUUGGUGGGAAGCCCUCCCUUUUCAAGCUCAGAGCCCCAGAAGAUUUAUGCCAAAAUUUUGGACGGGGUCCUUAAAUUUCCACCUUACCUUAAUGAAGCAGCCAAGUCUAUCAUCAGCAAAUUGUGCAGACCUCGGCCAGGUCAGAGGUUAGGAAACACCAAGAAUGGAAUCAAAGAUGUUCGGCAUCACAGGUGGUUCAGCAGUAUGAACUGGCACAAGCUGCGCAUGUGUCAACUUGAUGCCCCGACAGUACGGCUCAUACGCAAGGGUCCCUGCUACAUCAACUUUGAUCGAUUUCCUUUUGACCACACCAAGGCAGAGGAAGAGUUUUCUGGUUGGGACUGCGACUUCUGAUUGUUGUGCAGAUCUAAAGCCAAAAAAUGUGUCAAUAUAACACAAAUAUGGUGCCUAUUCCA